CGCCUCACUCUGGCUCCGGGCCGGGCGUCAGUCCAGGCGAGGCUGGGGCUGGGGGGCGGCGGACUGUAGUACUGGCCCGGGGUAGCUGGGAGGCUGCAGGCGGCCCAGGAGCGUGCAGGUCGAGGAGCAUGGCGCGACCGCAGGAAAAAACGGUGUGGCAGCCCCAGGCUCGACAAGAAGACGCCGACGCGGGGCAACAGAAACUUAAAAACCCCAGCCAAGGCUGCACGCGGGCCCGGAGCGGCGCGGGCCCCAGUCACUGGAGCGCUAGUCUGGCCAAUCCUCUGAGAUUACUGCAAUCAAGGAAGGAAAUGGGGAGAGAAAGAAAGCAGCAUUUCAGAGUCCAGCUGAAGCCUUGGGAUGCUACCUGGCUGCAGAGGGCAUCAAAUUACACAGGACACUCACUCACACCACACAGACACAAACACAGAAAACAGAUACAGACAAAAAAUGACAGGGAGAUCCAAAAGCUCAGAGAGAAUUGUUAGAAAUCUCCUGCACAAAUUAGGCAUCUCCACCCGAAACUAAGCAGCAGUAUUUGAUCAUUUUUAUUUUCUCUUGUCUUUCCCUUAUCGUCCAGAACAUCUGGAAAGGAACUUUGCCACGAUUAACCUUAGAAUUGGCUACCUUAUGGACUCAAACUGCUUAGGUGCACAACCUUAGAAUUUGUUUUCCCCAUGCCUUACAUAUUUGAACCGCUUAGGCAGCCUGGAAAAUGUGGGACUGCUCUUAUAGACUCAAACUGCUUAGAGCUUCGCUUUCCACCCGACACUGUUCCUUAAAGACUUGAACCACUUGGUCUAACAGAAUUGGGUCCGGUCACCCAGGGGCUCCAGUCUUGGCCUUGGCUGCCUUACAGACUCAAACUGCUUAGGUGCACAAAGGACUCACAGGUCUUGCUUACCUGAGUCUGUGCACACAGACUUACACGACCGCUUCAAAUUCUUCAACAGGUAGUGGUCCUUGUGCCCUUUCUGAGGUUUCUGCUUUCAGGUAUCUGUCUUUCUUCGGGUGCAUUCCUUAAAAGUGAAAGGAAAUUCCCAAACCAUUCCAAGGACCGCUGACAAGUAGCCUGCAGGCACCUGUCCUAGGACUGGCUGGGAGGCCCUUCCCAAAUAAGGAGGAAAUUCCAGACAAUUCUCCAGCUGUGUAGGACGGAGACCACUCACUCAAAAUAAAAACAAAGACUUAGAUACCUUGAAAGCAGAAAGGAGUUUAUUGCUUUCUCAUGAGGAAGGGUACCGCCCCUUGUCGCCAUUGCUGGCCAGGAGAGUAUGAGUUGGGAGCCCCACCCUUGGCUUUUUAUCCCUUAAUGUGAUGCCCCCUUCCACUCUCUUACCCCUUUCUCCUUUGACUGGAUACUGAGGGCAUACAUUCUAAACUCGGCAACUAAUACCCAAUAGAAGCAAACAUGCCCAUGUGUGGACUAGAUGUAUAUGUGUACUAGGACUACUAAGAAGUAGGAGCAACCAGGCAACAAAGCUCCCCCACCCCUGUUGACGUGGUUCUGGAGAAAUAGAAACUUAUUGGGGAAUAUGGAAACUUAGCUCAAGGCUUUCUGGAGGAAUGAAACUUAGGCCUCUGGGAACUGCACUGCUGACAAUCUCUGACACUCAGGCAGAGUGCAGGAGAGACACAGGAGCAUAGCAGGGAGGUAAGAGUGUAGCAAGGAGACACUAAUGAGGGAACUUCACUGUGAGCCAUCCCUCAUGUACCUAUUAGACAUCUCAAAUGAGAUGUCCAGCAGACAUCUUAAACACAGUAUGUCCAAAACUGAACUCAUUAUCCUUGUCCCUAAACCCCCCACCCUCUCAAACUUCUCUAUUACUGUUGAAAGCAUCACCAUCCUCCCAGUCCCUCAAGCUUGAAAUCUGUCAUCUUCAACUCACUGUUUCACGUACCCUGCCCCCCAUAGCCAAUCUAUUGUCAAGGGCUUACAUUUCUACCUUCAUAACAUCUCUAAUGUACCCCGUCUCUCCUCUGAUACUGCCACCACCCUGGAGCAGGCCAUCAUCUUCUCAUGCCUGGGCUACUGUAGUAAUCAGCUGGUUGGACUGCCUGCCACAAGUUCCCUGCUCUAGUUCAUUUUCUAUUCAGCCACCAAAGUUAUUUUAUAUUCCUGAAGCACAGGUCUGACCACAUUCUCCACUUUGAUCAUUUCUAUGAUCAAAUUCAAAAUCCUCUGGCUUUCAAGAGACUUCUACAGAGUGCUGAGGUGGUGAUCAAGGGAACAUGGAGAGAGUGAGGGCGUGUUUGAAUCGGGAAUACUACUCAUGGAAGAUUAUGCUAAGUAUGAUGUUCUUUCUGGCUUCUGUCUUUAUAGGACUGCAUAAUAGUGAAAACCUCACAAGAACAGGAUUAUCUCACAUUCCUAGGCACUUAUAUGAACUAUCUGUAAAAUAUGGAACUCAACUCUACAAUUACCAGGCCAGAAUUCGUAUGGGGAAAGGCAAAAUAGAACUUCUAAAGAAGGGAAGUCGUGAUCUGGAAAACAAUUCUAAACAAAUUCUGUCCCUGACCAAACGGAUAGAUAUCCUGAAGGCUUUACUCAAAGAUCUGAAAGAGAAACUGGAGAACGACAUUCUGAAGGCUGAUGCAGAUGUUUUUGGAAAGCCGGAAAUCUCAGAUAUUACUGAUGAGGAGAUGUCUCUGGUGAAUUAUAUCCUUAAAAAGUUAAGGGAAGAUCAAGUGCAGAUGGCUGACUAUGCCCUCAAAUCUGCAGGUGCCUCCAUUGUUGAAGCAUGGACUUCUGAGAGUUACAAAAAUGAUAAAGCCAAACUACAUUGGCAUGAGAUAGGAUUCUUACAUUAUGAAAUGCCUCCUGAUAUUAUUCUUCAGCCAGAUGUCCAUCCUGGGAAGUGCUGGGCAUUUCCAGGCUCUACGGGUCAUACUGUAAUCAAACUUGCCAGGAAAAUCAUACCAAGAGCAGUUACCAUGGAGCACAUCUCAGAGAAGAUUUCUCCCUCAGGAAGUACUGCCAGUGCUCCCAAGGACUUUUCUGUAUAUGGACUCAAAGAUGAAAGGGAGGGAGAAGAAAUCUUCCUUGGGCAGUUUGUGUACGAGAAAAAAGGGAUCACUGUUCAGACAUUUCAGCUCCAGAAUGCAGUUUCUGAAUACAUAUUAUACAUAAAACUAAAAAUUUUAACAAAUUGGGGCCACUCCAAAUAUACCUGCUUAUAUCGAUUCAGAGUCCAUGGAAAGCCAGAACAAGGGACUUGACUGUGGUGAUGUAAAAUGGCAUAUCUACCAAGUGAAAAUAGCUAAAGCCCCUGGAAUCGGACAGCUUCAAGGAAAAUACUUCACACUUGCAUUAAAAUACUAAGUAAAGUUGGUUUUCUACAGUUAGUGAAUGUUGCUUAUAAAAAUGUUUGGAAAUUAA